AUGACCAAGAAGAACUCGACCAAGGCCGAGCUUCUUGCACACAUCCAAGCACUCGAGCAUCGUGUGGCCGGAUCAUCUUCGGGGAUGGGCAAUGCAGUAGACAACCUCGCUCAUAGGAAGCGCACCCCUGUCGAAUACACGGACUCUAUAGUGGUCGCGUUGCUAGAGCUUGGCUUCAAUGCUUACCGCAACGCGUUUAACGGCAGCAGAUCGGCAAAGCAACUCAACUUGCUCUGGGAAAGAUUGACCGUGCAGUUCAACAUCGCGACGAACCAAAUAUUCAAUGUUGACGCCGACUCGAUUAAGAACAAGCUGCGAAAGCUUCGUGCAGAGUUUAUGGUUAUCCAACGCGCCUUGGUCCAGACCGGCAACGUCACACCAGUGCCCAAGCCUUCGUAUUACGCAGAGAUGCUAACGGCGUAUGCAAGCUUGCAAGGACUUGGCGACAUUGAGUUCGGGAUGGAGUGUGUACCCUUGGUUGAUGAUGGGGACGGUGCAGCUUGCGAUGCUGACUCUCAGUCCAACAAUGAUGAGUAUACUGUACCAGCAGCCAAAAAACGGAAGGCAGAAGUCGACAUGGAGAUGAAGCGGCAACGCCAAGGCCGCAAGCACGCUCAAACUGACAUCAGCCAGGGUCUGGAGAAGUUUGGCAACACCCUCGGUGCCGCAAUUGUUCAGGCAGCCAAUGUCAAGAAUGCUCCCGUUGGAGGACCCGACAUGGCAGCGCAAAUGGCUAAACUUUUGGAAGUUGCUGAAAGCACGAAGGCCAGCAUCGAUAGUUCCAACCAAGUUCAAAUGAAACUUCUAGCUUUUCUGGAAACUAAGUUCUAA